GAUUUCUAUGUCAUAAACAGUCUUCUGGACACAUGGAAAAUGUAACCAUAUAGAUGAAGCUUCAAAAAUAUUUGAAGAGCGCACUUGGGAAGAUUUGGUGGCUUACACAUCCAUGAUAACCGCAUAUUCUCAAUACAGGGAUGGGGAGGAGGCUUUAAAGCUAUAUUUACAAAUGCAAAAUGCAGAUAUCAAACCAGAUCCACUUGUCUGCAGUUCUCUUUUAAAUGCUUGUGCAAAUUUGUCUGCAUAUGAGCAUGGGAAACAAUUACAUGUCCAUGCCAUCAAGUUUGGAUUUAUGUCUGAUAUAUUUGCUAGCAGUUCUCUGGUGAAUAUGUAUGCAAAAUGUGGAAGCAUAGAGGAUGCGGAUCAUGCCUUUUCUGAGAUACCUAAUAGAGGAAUAGUCUCAUGGUCUGCAAUCAUUGGAGGAUAUGCGCAGCAUGGCCAUGGUAAAGAGGCUCUUCAAUUGUUUAAUCAAAUGCUUAGAGAUGGUUUGCAGCCCAACCAUAUUACCUUAGUUAGUGUUCUUUGUGCAUGUAAUCAUGCUGGUUUGGUGAAUGAGGGAAGAUAAUAUUUUGAAACAAUGGAGGCAAUGUUUGGGAUUAAACCCACACAAGAGCAUUAUGCUUGCAUGAUUGAUCUCCUGGGACGAGCUGGGAAAUUAAAUGAAGCAGUGGAGCUUGUAAAUUCAGUGCCAUUUGAAGCCAAUGGCUCAGUUUGGGGGGCACUUCUUGGAGCUGCAAGGAUCCAUAAAAAUAUAGAACUUGGUCAGAAAGCUGCGGAGAUGCUUUUUGCCCUCGAGCCAGAGAAAUCUGGUACUCAUGUUCUCCUUGCAAACAUCUAUGCUUCAGCAGGGAUGUGGGGUAAUGUUGCUAACGUUAGAAAGCUUAUGAAAGAUAGCAAGGUGAAGAAGGAGCCUGCAAUGAGUUGGAUUGAAGUGAAAGACAAGGUAUACACCUUCAUUGUUGGAGAUAGAAGUCAUUCUAGAAGUGAUGAAAUAUAUGUUAAAUUGGAUCAGUUGGGUGACCUUCUAAGUAAAGCUGGAUAUAAACCCAUCAUAGAGAUUGAUAUACAUAAUGUGAAUGAAAGUGAAAAGGAGCAGCUCUUAUAUCACCAUAGUGAGAAACUUGCUGUAGCCUUUGGAUUAAUUGCUACACCACCUACAGCCCCAAUAAGGGUGAAGAAGAAUCUACGAAUUUGUAUUGACUGCCACACCUUUUUCAAAUUUGUAUGUAAAAUUGUUUGACGGGAAAUUAUUGUCAGAGAUAUUAAUAGAUUCC